AUGUCACAAAUCCGGAAAAGAAAACAGAGACAAAUUCGGAAUGGUAUUGAUGUUGAUGACCAGUUUUUGUUUGUUUAUUUGUUUGUUUUUGUUGAUAUCGGUGCUGAUGCUGAUGCUGAUGUCGAUGCUGAUGCUGAUGCCGAUGCUGAUGCUGAUGCUGAUGCUGAUGCUGAUGUCGAUGCUGAUGCUGAUGCUGAUGCUGAUGCUGAUGCUGUUGCUGAUGCUGAUGCUGAUGCUGAUGCUGAUGCUGUUGCUGAUGCUGAUGCUGAUGCUGAUGCUGAUGCUGAUGCUGACUGA